GAUUCAUCAACAAAAAUGGCUGACACAGGUGAGGGAGAUCAAAGAAUAUCAAGUGAAAUAGACGGUACGUAUUCGAAAUUUAGCGGUGAAUUGUGAUUCGGUAGAAACUAGAGUGACUUUUUACCUAAAUGAAACAAGUUGAUUCCAGAAAAGUUAAAAUUUCAAAAUGUUCUUUUGUUGUUUCAUGUUUCAAUUAACGUAGUUUUCGUAAUUUAGGAUUUCAGCCCACUCUCAGGUAACUUUCAGGAUUUUAGACUUAUAUCUGUGGCAGGUAUUUCUCUCGGUCGUCAUCAUUCUAAGAAAUAUAAAGGAAUUGCAAUUUUUUUCACGAUUGAUUUGGACUAGAUAUGAUUUACUUUAAAACUUUCCUUUGUAUCUUUUCGAUGUAAGCUCACGAAAUAAUGAAUGUCGACAUAGCUUCCCUGAAUUUUGAACUACCAAAAUAUGUUUGAUAAUACCAAUAACAAUGAGGCUUUUGCUAAAAAUAAGUUAGCUUGAAAUAAAACCUUAAUUUUGAUUUUUAAACUAAUUAUGUACUAACUCCCCCAAACUAAAAUUCAGCUCGUUUUGAAGGCUUAUUAACUGUAAGCUAAUAUUUUAGUGUUAGCUAGGAUAUAACAAGGGGUUGCCUGGUUGCUAUGGAUGCAUGUAUAUUCUGCAAUUAAAGAUUGUUUUGAUCAAGGCAUAUGAGUCUCAUAAGGCCUUAAAAUGGUGAACAACAGUCAAAAUAGGAGAUGUAUUUGGUUUCUGUGAAAUGAACAAAAAAGUACUAGUAUUUGAUGCACACUGUUCCUAGAUCUUAUGGUGGUCCAGUGCAUGUUAUUCUUCUUCAACACAUUGUCAGGUACCCUUGAAAAUCCUGCUUAAAUAAUUAGUUACACUCCAAGUUGGAGCAAGGUACUGUUAAGUGUUGAUCCCCCUUAGCAACCCCCCUGGGUAUUUAAACUCGUGAAGACUGGCUCAUGAAAAUCCCCCCCUCCCCCCCCAGGCUAAAAUUUUAUGCAAACGCUCCACUCAAGCACAAUUUUUUAUUCACAAUUCUUUAUGUGAUCAACGAAUGUUGUAGAAUUUAGUAAAGUCACAUUUUAGUUUUUGGUGUGUUAUUUUGCAUCUUUUUAUGAUGGGAAACUAUUCUUUUUAAGCCACUCCUUCAUGAAAGCAGGCUCUUUACCUUUAAACUACUCCUUAAAAAUCAAAACAUGUAUUAUGCUGUCAAGACUAGACACUUUCAGUUCAAAUUCCCCACCUCACCCAAGCAAGAUUCAAAUUCUCUACCUUUCAAGCAGGGAUAACAGUCAAAUGUCCAUGGGUCAUCUCGAAGGAGGGGGGGGGGGUGUAUUGGUGCACUUUAGCAAAGGUUCCUGCCAACACAAUAUAAUGACUCAGAAAAUUGGUCUUGAACACAGAUGGUUCUCUCAGAGUCAAAUGAACAAACCAUUGACUCAAAGUGCUUGCCCUUUUAACAAAGUUUUGCAAACAUUACCCCUGAAUUAACUAAUUUUUUUUCACAUGUACUACUAAAGAGAAAGAUGUUUAUUGUCUUGUCAUGAGCGAUCAUGGAGAGACCAAAAACAUCCUUCUCUAUUUCUUUACCAAGCUCAAAACUUACCAUCUCUCAUUCUAUGUACUUAUAUAGUUCCAAAAACAUUAUUUCUCAUUUGAAUAAACAUUUCAGAACAAAAACCAGAAAGUAGCCAAGAGGUAGAGAGUGAAGAGGGUGACAAUCUUAAUUUUGAAGAUGCAAGGGAAGGAGGAAAUGAUGAAAGCUUUGGUGACAGUGAUGAGGUUGAGGAUGAACAGCUCAUGGUGAUAGAGACUCCAGAAGGAUUGACCCUUGUAGAACCAACAGAUAAUUCAUCUUUUUAUAUUGUUCAGGAACACGAAGGACAUGAAACCCCUCCAGGUACAUUUAACAUUCAUGGUGUGAUCCAAGUUUUUCAGCAGUUGCAAAUCUUUCCAUUUUAGAUUUUGAUUUUGUUCUGUCUUAAAACCUCCAAAAUUUUGAAACAGUGGUAAGCAAAAAAUUUUGAAGCAUGCAAAGAUUUGUACCACGGUUUUUAAUAAUGCUUUGAAGAGUGACCUUCUUUUUAGGACUUCAUCUCGCAUGCCUUUCACAAAAAAAUUAUUGGGUAAAAGUCACCUAUUUGUUAACAUACCUUUUCAGCAUCAAUGAAUAAAUCCAACAUUAGAAAUAUGUUUAAAAAAUAUAUAGAGGAUUAUUGUUUAUUAGUAAAUUUAUGAUACUUUAUUUCAGUUGAUAUUUGUGAACAAAAUAUUUAAAAAGCUGUUAAACUAAGUCUAGGAAAUACAUUUGUACAUUAGUAUGCUCUUCAAACUUCCUAUUUUCACUGGAGUGAAUAUUCUCUUGUUCUAAUGUGAAGAAGCACUUUGUGUUGAUUAGCCUACUUUCACUAGCUGGACCAUUAGAACAACCAAAUUUAGCAUACAUAUGUUAAAUAUAUGAACUAGAAGGGAAAGUAAUUUUGAAACAAAGGCUUUUCUUUUCUAUCCACAAGAGAAUGAGAGAUGCAAUAACUCUGUAUGUAACUUAUGUGAGGUUCUUGUAAUCCAGAGAUGGAUUGACAAAUCUUGAACUGUGAAGAAGGAGGAAUGUUGAAAUCUCAUUUAGGGCAAUUUAAAUGCAUGAUUUCAGACUUGCUGUAAGGAAUCUGUAGCAUAGGUUAAAGGACUUUUUCUUUCACUUUGUUCUUGAAAAUUCAUUUUGGUUUCUUCUUCAUGAUAGGAAUGCCUCCUGAGCCUGAAAUCCCUCAGGAUGUUAGUAUAUCUGAAGAACUCCUAAUGAACAUCCAAAGGUUGAGAAGAAGCUCAAGCCCAGAGCUCCCUGAUACAGUAACCAAGCUUGAAACUCCUGAGGGCUGCAAAGUUUAUCUUGUUGGAACUGCUCACUUUAGUAAGGAAAGCCAAGAUGAUGUGGCAAAGGUAAAUACCAAAUGACUUACCUCUGUCAGCAACAGUUUUAUUGACAACUCUCUCUGAACAUAGCAGUUGAGUUACUGAGUUAGUAGAAGCUUGUCUGGUGACACCUCACUACUGUGAAUUCCCAGUUUAAAUGAAAGAUUGCUGAAUUUCUUCAGUGUAAAAAUUAUAACUGACUGAAACAAACUUCCACCAUCGAAAACAGAUUAUCACAUCCACAGUUUUGCUGAUACUUCCUUACCAAAAUUAUUUUACUAUAACACAACUCAAAUUAACAGUGUUCAAUGGCCAAAAAUGUGACAAUGAUUACUUUGUUGCAGACUAUUCAAGCUGUCCAGCCUGACAUAGUACUAGUUGAACUUUGCAAAAGUCGAGUCGACAUUCUUAAAUAUGAUGAAGAAUUUCUACUCAGGGAAGCAAAGAAUAUUGACUUGCAAAAGCUGAGACUUGCUAUUAAACAUGUAAGUACAAUUUGUGAUGCCUUUAUUGAUCACAAAAACCACUGCACACCACAAUGUAGAUGUGCUGUAACUGGUUGUAGGUUUGUGUGUAAUUGUCGGGCUGGGGUGGAAAAGAGGUAACUAGGAUGUUAGAAAGCUAAAUAUACGUUCUCACAGAGAUAAUAAAAAUAUAUGUUUACUUUUACCACAAUUGCAUCUUCAUAAUGGGAAUUAAACUGAGUGGAGUGCAAUUUGGUCUGAUGGCAAGGAUUACCAGAAAUGUCAAAAUGGAUGUAUUACACAUUAGAGUAGAGAAGGGCAUGUGUGGUUAGCUAAUCAUCGUGAAGAUUUUCUCUGUUUUCUCAGUCUCAGAGCCAGGAUUUUGGCUAGGUCAUAGCAAGAUUCUAAUCUGAGGGACAAAUGUCUUAAUUUAUAUUCUGCACUUUGAUAUUUUUUAGUUGCUUUGUACAUAAAGACAUGGUUAACUUUUUCAAUUGAGGAAUUGUACACAUUAUCUCUUCAUAACUUGGAUUUCUUUUGCUGGUAGAGUGGGGUAAUAGCUGGUGUGAUGCAAGUUCUCUUACUUAGUGUGUCAGCACACAUAACCAAGCAGCUUGGAAUGGCCCCAGGUGGAGAGUUUAGAGAAGCUUACAGAGAGGUGAGAUAAAAAUCUUUUACAUGACUGGAGUGAAUGGAAUAUUGUGCUUGUAAUUGUGGUCUGAAAGAGUUACAUUGUAUCUUAUUUUAUUUUGCAGGCUAGGAAGAUACCAGGAUGUCAAAUUCAUUUAGGAGAUCGUCCCAUUCAGGUACAGCAUACAUUUACUUCUCUCAUUUUCUUGUACAUGCUUUGUCAAGCCUUAAUUUUUUUCAGUCUCUCUUUCCUUGCCUGAAGCUUCACAGAUCUUGAAGAAAUUGUAAAUUUACUAAACAAAGGGUUUUUCUUUAUCAGUGGGUUUCCUUAUCUGCUGUUGUUGUGGAGAAGGGUGACAAGGUUAAUGUUAGUGUACAAUGUAGUGUAUUGUAUUACAACAUUAUUAUUAUUAUUAUUGUUAUUAUCAUUAUUAUUAUAAUUGCACUUAGAGUAUGAUUAGACCAUAUUAAUGUUGAUAGUGCACUUUGAAACUGCCAUAUUAAUGGUAACCAUCUGUCUCUUCAGGUGACACUUUCUAGGGCAAUGGCUGCAUUGAGUAUAUGGCAAAAAAUGAAAUUAGCCUGGCAUCUUAUGAUGACUAAAGAUCCCAUUAGGUAUGUGCUGUUCACUUGUGUAUGCAGAUCUUAAAUAUUAGAUAUGGACUGUGUUAGAUAAGAGACUGAUUGUAACCUUGUUUUGAUAUACCUCAGUAAGGCCUACCCUAUCAGGGUAGCUUUUUGUAAGAUUCUGCAGGAUCUCUAUGAGUUCUGUGCAAAAUCUAUCCACAGAAAAUUAACUAAGCCUUUUUAAAAUAACACUGGAGCACACAUGUUACUGGUAUGUCUUGUAGGAUGGAGAUGCAGUGGUCUUGAGUUUAAUGUGCCUACUUGUUUUGACUUUAAUCUCACUUUGCCUCUUCAGCAAAGAUAGUAAAUCAAAUAAAUAUAGAUUUGGAUUUACAUUCUUCUUCCUCACCCAUUUCAGAUCAUGCAAUGAUUUAUUCUGGAGGUUGCAUCUGUUCUGUUUUUUAACAUAAUCCCAUGUGCUCAGCUACAUGUACGAAUUUCACCACUGUAGGAACUAAACCCAUCAAAGGAAUCAUCAUCAUAUGAUCUCAAUUGAGUGUCAUCAUGGAUGUUGGAAUGGGAAGGGUAACCUGCAGUGAUACAGUGUCCCGUUCAGAGAGGGCACAGGUUGCAACUCUCUCUCUGCUAUUGCUCUCAUUGCGACAAUUUUAGAGGUGUCAGGCCUUAUGUUUACAGCAUUGAUAAACACUGAGAACCAAAUCAAUGAGUACAAUAUUUGUUAUUGUGUCCGUGUUGUAAACUUUUUUGGCUGAGCAUGGGUUUGGUUGAAUGUUCUGCCUUUUUACUUUACAGCACAGAGGAUGUGGAGAGAUGUAAACAAAAGGACCUUCUAGCUGAAAUGUUGGCUGAGAUGACUGGAGAUUUUCCCACGCUAUAUAAAGUUUUUGUUUCUGAAAGAGAUCAAUACCUGGCGAGAUCACUAAAAUUAUCCGCCAUGCCCAUUGAAAUUCACAAUGCCGAUGGAGGUAACUGACGAGUUUAUUAGCAGUAUAUCAUCGCUGUGAAAUUAUGAGAUUGCUUAAAUUUUUCCGUUUUGUGGUUUUUUAUACUUCAGCUUGUUUCAUAUUUAAUUGUUUUGAUCUGCUUCUGAUCUCCGCACGCACCUCUGGUUGAUCAUGCAGCAUUCUGGAUAUGAAAAAUUAAAUAUAACUUUCAUCAUUUAGCCAUCCCUCAUACAAAUCAUUUUUGUACAAGUUACAACAUAACAUAGGGACAAAUUUAUUAUGUGCUAUUACCUUUUGUUGUAAGCUUGUCCCCCGCGAUGUUAUGAUUGUACGCGAAAAUUUCACCGUGUGAAUCCAGCUCGGAAAAGUUGCCGUUGUUUGAGUGGGUGCAAAACCUAAUUUUUACUUGAGAGGUACCACAAUAUAUCAACUCAGUAGGUUCUAAAAACGGGGGAGAAAAAAACAUCAGAAAUCGACAGGGAACUUUGAUGGUUAGGAAUGGAUAAAAUUUAAAAUGACUGCAAAUGCCAAACUCAUGAUGCUCAAACAUUGCAUCUCGAGACAUUCAAAGUGAAGAUAGAGAUCUUUGCAUGGCCAGGAUAUGUUCAUGUGCCUCGGCUAAAAACAAGGUCCUGCAGAUUACAGGGUUCCUCUGCUCUGUGUUUCCACUUGAGAAAUACUUACAUGUACCAGCAUGUGCUUCCCUUAAUGAAGACCCAUGUCAGUACUACGUGUUUCUUUUUUUGUUGUUCUUUGUUCCAAAAACUCGACUCAUUACUUUCUUGUGCUGUUGCAGAGCCUCAAGGAGUCGUCCCCAGUGUUGUGGUGGGUGUGGUCGGAAUAGGACACGUGGAUGGAAUUACUGAUAAUUGGGAAAAGGACAUUGACGUGAAAGAACUAUUAAGGUAAGCUUUUGGUUUUAAUUUCUUCGGUUAGAACAUCGUUUCGUUUUCAAAAGCAUGUCCGAUAAGCGUAUGUAACAUUCCCGGUCUGCAAUGUCCCUCACACCGGGUGCAGUUUUAUUGGAGUUUUAAGAGGGUUCAACUAGCACUAGUGAUACCCGAGGUUUAAUCCUUCCAUGUAAUAAAUGAUUAAAAUGAUAUUUAGAAACUCUUAAUAGUGGCCAGUUUACAUUUACUUAUUAACUCAGUUGAUAAAACCAAAGUAUCCGUUUAAAGGAGAGUCGAGUUUUUGUGUCUAGUGUCAUUCUCACUCAGUUGUGGCUUCUCAGACUAUAACCUUUUCUUCUCCCUCCACCGUCUACAUCACUUCCUGUAUGACGGGAAAUGUGAAUGCAAUGCGUAUGAUUCGGUUAAGCUUAGUUGGUACGUUUCCUUCAAACCUCGAGUAACUUGAGCGAUCAGAGGCUCGAGAGCGCAAAAUGUGGGCUGGUUUGCAGCACACAAGCUUAUCCAACUUGGGAAUAGUAAACGCAAUGAAAUAUUUGUUUCACUUCUUUCAGAAUUCCAGAAGCAAGCAGAGCAAGUAGGCUUAUACGCCUUUCAUUGAAAGCCUUUGUAGGGAUUUUCCUCGCUUGGGGAGUUUACAAACUUGGAAAGUACACACGAAUAGGCUCGUAUAUUCCAUUCUUAAACUGAAUAAUAAUCACGGACUUGUCAAAUUGGUUUUGGUAAUAUGAGCGAAUAUGGCCUCGAAAUUAGUGAAUAUUUAAAUGUAUUUAUUCCUUCCCAAGAUAGGAAAGGGGAUUGUAAAGUGAAGGACUGAAACUGUGUUAAUCUUGAAAGGGUGAAUUUUCACAUUUCCUCGCAAGAAUACAGCCAGUAUUUGAACAAAAUCUAAAAUCUGAUGAGCAUUGUCCUCACCACCUGAACGAGAAGGAAUUGAAUGCUUUGAAUCGAUAAGAAGUAUGUUACAUCAAGGCUUUUGGAGAAAAUUUAGAGUAGAACUUUUACAAGUAAAUUUUAGCAUAUCUCACUUUUAUCGUCAUUGAUUACAGAAAUUAAGAGAUGGAUUAAGUUGUGCUGUUAUUAAAUUAUUUUACUGUGACAUACAUUGGUUUUUAAAGAACAUUAUACGCACCCUUUAAACAGGUUUUGAUUUAUUAAUAUUGUCGAUUACUUGUUUGUGAC